AUGUUUUCAAAUUAGAGUAAAAAUACAAUUAUACAUUUGAUUAAAGAUACUGUUAAAGGAGAAAAAGAGUUGGAAAAUUUAAAGUAAAGUCUAAUUCUUCAAAUAACUGAUAGCAAUAUAAGUUAUUAAACUUGCUUUUUACAUGUUCAUAAAAUUUUAAUAAUAUUAGCUUGCUUAUGAGAAAGACAGAAUAACAAGAAAUGAUUUAGAAGUAUUUCUAUAAAAUUAGUAAAUAAGAUUUGAUUAAAGAGAAAUAUCAAUACUUAAGUAUACUACAUAUUAGGAGUAAAAUAAAAUAAUAAUCCCUUAGCUUUUUAGAUUUGAUGCUUCCAAAUAAUCAGAUAUUUUUGAAGUAAUAUCAAUAAAAACAAAUGAAUUAUAACAAUCCUACUUCAGAUAUACUUAAUUUAAUUGGAAAAAUUAUAGGAAAAAAUAUAGAGAUAAUUCGAAAAAUUUAAGCAUAUUUAGAUGCUUUAAUGUUAAGAUAUGAUAAGAAUACAUUAUUAAACUUUUUGUGUCCAAAAUCGGAUAAAAAUAUGCCAGUCUUCUUAUAAUUACUUAAAAAUAUUGAUCUAGAUAUAAGUUUUGAAGAUGUUGUCUGUGCUAUGAGGAGAUUGGAUAAAGAUUAAGAUUCAGAUGUUAAUAGAUUUGAUUGGGAAGAGUUGGUUAAAUGUUCAAAACCUCCAAAAAGUAAUUAAAGUUCUAGAGGAAAUCUAUAAAAAUAUAUUAGUAAAUAACAAAGCUAAUUAUCAAUUCAUAGAAGUGAAUCUAGAUAAAAGACAGAUCAAGAAAAUAUUAAUUCUAAUAGAAAUUUUCAAUUAAAAUCAUCAACUAAAUCUUUAUAAAAGCAUUCUAGUUUAAUGGAAGAAUCAAUUUUAGAAUUUUAAUUGCAUUUAAUAACAAUAGGAAAAUUGAAUGAAGAGUUGGAUCAAAUAAAAUUAGAAGUAAAUAAAUAAAAUAUUUUCAGCUAUCAAGCCGUGCUGAUUAUUCUAUUUCAUAAGCAUUUUAAUUCUUUGAUCUUGAUGUAGAUGGUUGUAUUGGAUUAUAAGAUUUAAAACUUGGGUUUUUGUAAUUAGGAAUAGAUGUUAAUGAAUUUAUAAUUAGAUAAUUACUUCAUAAUUAUUCAACUCAUCAUUCUUAAACUUAAUGGGAGUAAGAUAUAAUAUUUAUAUGUAGUCUAAAUGACUUUAAAUAUUUAUUUCCAGAUAGUAAAUAGUCUUUAAAUAGUUUCAUAGGAGCAUUUACUUAUGAAACUAAAAAAAUCAUAAAAAUAUUGAUAUAAAAAUAUUUAGAAUUAAUAAGAUAUAGGAAAGAAUCAACUAAUUAAAUGGGAUCAGAUAUAAAGAAUAUUGAUAUAAUAUUCAAUUUCAUAGAUUUAGAUUAAGAUGGAAUAAUUACUUAAGAUGACUUUAAAGUUUUAGAUGUGAAAAGUAAACAUGUUUUACUGUUCUUUUAAACUUUUUAAGAUUAUCCUUACUAAAUAACAUAUAAUUAAUUUUAGAAGUAUUUUAAUUGA